CCACUGCAACCAGACUUACUCCACCGCCAAACUUACAAAACCCUUUCCCACUCCCCUCCCUUUGCUGUUUUUCGUUCCGGGCUAGAAAUGGGCGGGCCUUGGCUGCGCUUGCCUCCCCAUGAAGCCGUCUUGGCUGGAAAGAGUUCCGGAUUUCUCUACAAGUGCUAAGCGGAGAAACAGCGGGUAAGUGCUGCGAGCUGCCUCGAGCUGUUUCACCUGCUUAUCGGGAAGCGCUCCAAGCAGUCUUUGGCCAUGUGGCUCUAUGUGGCGGCUCUUCUGGGUCUCUAUUUCCUUUUCCGAUGGUACCGUGAGCAGCAAAUCUUGGGUAACCUGACGGAGAAGUAUGUUUUCAUCACUGGCUGCGAUUCCGGGUUUGGAAACUUGUUGGCCAGGAAACUGGAUGCUCGGGGAAUCCGUGUCCUGGCAGCUUGCCUCACGCAGCAGGGGGCAGAAAAGCUGAAAGAAGCCACAUCGGAACGGCUGCAGACUACCCUCUUGGACGUGACCCAAACAGAAAGCGUGGCCAGAGCAGCAAAAUGGACAAAAGGCAUCGUGGGGGACAAAGGCCUUUGGGGAUUGGUGAACAAUGCUGGCAUUUCAGUCCCAACUGCCCCCAAUGAGUGGCUGACCAAGGAGGACUUCAAGAAGAUCAUAGACAUAAACUUGCUUGGUGUGGUUGAUGUAACCAUACACAUGUUACCUUUGAUGAGAAGAGCCAAGGGGAGGAUUGUCAAUGUUGCCAGCAUAAUGGGGAGGAUAUCCUUGUUCGGUGGUGGCUACUGUCCAUCAAAAUACGGGGUGGAGGCUUUCUCUGACAGCCUCAGGCUCGAGCUUGACGCCUUUGGAGUGAAGGUCUGUAUAAUAGAACCAGGCUACUUUCAAACGGCUAUCACAAAUGAGAAGAUAUUGACAGGCAACUUCAAUAGCCUCUGGAAGCGGCUCCCAGAGGAGACCCAGAAAGCAUAUGGGGAGCCUUACUUAAAUCAUAUGCUUGAUUCAACCAUUAAGAUGCAAAAAGACUGCAAUCCCAACCUCUCUCUGGUUACCGACUGCAUGGAGCAUGCUCUGACAUCUGUGUACCCCCACACUCGCUAUUCAGCCGGCUGGGAUGCCAAGCUGUUUUAUAUCCCUAUGAGCUACAUGCCAACAUGGCUGCCACACUGGAUAAUAACCCGCUCUUACCCCAAACCAGCACAGAGCUUUUAGAGUGAUUGUUAAGUGUGCGAGGGGCUGGAAAGUAGAACCCUUUUUUCAGUAAAAAAAAUAAAAAUGUUUAAAAGAGCCCUUUUAUUAUUGUUUGUGAGAUGCCUCCUUCUCUUGCUGCAAUGAAGCCUUGUUUCUGAACUAUAUCCAAAGCCAGGUUACACCUAGUUUCCUUUUCCAGUUAGCAGUAGGGGAUGCUGUACCAUCCCUCCUAGAGCUUCCUUAGCCAUUGUCUGUUUCCUCUCCCCAUCUCUUCUAUCAGGUACAGGUGUGGUGGUAGUAUCCUGGGCUCUGUCUCUCAAGAAAAUCCACCCUUGGGCCAAGUCAAACAAUUUCUUUAUCUAGCUUUAAGGCCCCUGGCAAAUGUCCCCUUCUAAGUCUUUGUAGCUUGAGAGAGAGAGAGAGAGAGGGUUGAAAAGCGAUAGCGAAAUCCACUGAAAAGUGUGGGAUGACAAAUGACUAGAUCCCUCCUCUUCAGAGAGGGGGGAAUUUGCGGGCGGGACCCACUCUACGCUGCGAUCAGGGGGCAGGUCCGGCCCCCUGCUCCACCUUUACCUGCCGCGCUCAGGGCUGGCCAAUAGGGCCAGCUGGGGGGUGGGGCUAACAGGACUUUAAAAAAGCGCGGCAGGCUCCAGAUCGCCCCUUUUCGCCCCUGCACCUCAUCGGAUCUCCCACCCACCCGCCCUUUAGGUCUUCCCUUAGUUAGGAUGUUCGCUUGACCUUGCUAUGGACUUCGGUUGGUCGCCUUUGGUUGCCCAAAGGAGUUUUUUAUCCAAUUGGCUAAUUGGCACCGGCCUCUUGGUUUUUUCGCCUACCUCGUAGCAAUUCGUCACAACUUCUUCGGUAUUUGGCGGUAGGCAUUGGAAUAUGGAGUUGUCUGGUGUGUUCGAGGACUGGUUGUGGCCAUCAUCCAACCCUCCUCUUAUAGGGGUAUCCCCUUAAAGGGAUCCGGCGGUCGUGGAUCCCGUCCUACGCCCUGCUGGUGGCUAGGGCCAUGGCACGACCCCGGUGGCACCAGGGGGAGCUUUCAGUUGUAUUUGCAUCAACAGGCUCCUCCCUUGGGGUGUUAACCUGAUAUGACUCCCCCCCCCCGCUGAGCGGGGUGGAGUCACGCUUGCUAGCGAGUCCAAUGCCUAAGCCAAUACCUCUCACUUGCUUUAACCAAUAAAGUUGUGGCCUUAUUCUACCCAUUAACCCUAAUACCAUGUGUCACUGUGUCUUUAUUUAUCGCAGGGGGCGGGUCCUCGAACCGCAAAUAAGAUGAUGUGUAAAUACCCCACAAACAAGCAGAAUAGGAUGAAUGGUGAAUCAAUGGGUUGUCUGGAGGAGCUCCCAACCUGCUGUUCUAUCAAAAAUCCUUUGGUGCAAGAUUCCUAUUGAAACCAUUUCUACGUUUGGAGCUUAUUGACUGGUUCUUUAAAGGCAAGGAAUUUAACCAUGCUUAAAUGGUGGUCACGCUGGGUCUGUCCUCCACAGUGUGAUUCCAGCUUCACAUCAUGCAUUCACAUACACUUGUGAGUGGUUAAGGUGCAUUACAACUGGUCAUUGUGCACAUUCACCGGGCCUCAUGGACAAUUCUGGAUAUAGAUAUAUAACUCCAACAGGCUGUGGGGAAAUCUGCAAAGGUUGACUGCAUUGUGUACAUUCUUUGAGCAAUAGGAACAUUAUCUAGUCAGUAUGCAUAGCCUGUAAUUAGCAUGCCUUUCCUUGCCUAAUUCUGCAAUUUACAGUCCUUGGGCUAAUUGUUGCCCACUGCCUAACCUUAUGUGGCCUACAACAUACUGGUCCAUGGAUCGGUCAAACAGCAGGAAAGGGAACUACAGAUAAAUAUCAACCUUUUAUGCAAUUCAGUUCCCUUUUCAUCUCUCUCAGCUGUUCCCCUGUCAGCUGAACUGCAGAAGGGGGCUUGCAAGCAGAGUUUUAAACCAUGGGUAGGCAAACUAAGGCCCGGGGGCCAGAUCCGGUCCAAUCACCUUCUAAAUCUGGCCCGUGGACGGUCCGGGAAUCAGCGUGUUUUUACAUGAGUAGAAUGUGUCCUUUUAUUUAAAAUGCAUCUCUGGGGUAUUUGCGGGGCAUAUGAAUGUGUUCAUUUCCCCCAAAAAAUAUAGUCCGGCCCCCCACAAGGUCUGAGGGACAGUGGACCGGUCCCCUGCUGAAAAAGUUUGCUGACUCGUUUUAAACUUUCCCUUCCCUCUCUCUCCCACAAGAGCACAUAUUUUGCAAUUCAGAGUGCAACCCACUAAGGCUUUUUCUUAAGCAAUCACAGUCACAAAUGAAACACCCAGUUAGAAUGAGUAUCAAGUAUGUAUCUUCUAAAACAUGGCUUGGUUAGGAACCAGGGAGUGAGGCCGCUUAUCAUGUUCUUGGCCGAACACACAUUCAGAGUCUUAUUGCAGUUACUACCCAGAAGCUAAGAGGAUCAUUAUACGCCUUUAUUAUACACUUUUAGGCGCCAGGAAAAAACGUUCCUCUGGUUAGGCAUUUGGUUGAUUUACAUCCUAUGCCCUUUUGAUUUUUUUUGAUUUUUUUGUGGAGGGGUAUGGGGGUACUGAUUGUAUUUUUAUUAGGUACUAGCUGACCCGGCCACACGUUGCUGUGGUUCUUUCCUGUGAUUCCCCCCACUCUUUCCA